UUUCUGUGUCCCAUGAAGAACUACAUGUCCCAAACUGCACUGCUACACCUGAACUUUGUUAGAAUCCAUAUGUUUCUCAGCGAACAACUGCUGACAUCUACACACUAGAACCGCCUGACUGCUGUUUUCUAUCAAUCUUGGGUGACUAAGGUCUGGCUUGAGUGUCUCUCUCUCUUUUUCUCUCUCACUCUCUGCUUUCUCCCUCCCUUACUCUUUCUCGCCAGAGUCCUCGGGCCGCACACAACUCUACCUGAAGUCGUGCAAAGAAAGAGAAGCAGGAAGAUUCGAUUUGACUGAGUUGUGCAGCCAUGUUUGCUCUUGGCUUCUUCCUGUUGGCUGGACUGCUAUGUCAAAGUUUGGCUCAAUACGAUUACUAUGAUGAAUACUAUGUGCCCUCCGCACCACUGGAGGGAGUAUCGUCUCCCACUUGCGCCCAGGAGUGCGAAUGUCCCCUCAGCUUCCCCACAGCCAUGUACUGCAACGAGCGCAACUUGAAGUUCAUCCCUAUCGUGCCGACCGGCAUCAAAUACCUCUACCUGCAGAACAACUACAUUGAGGAGAUCAAGGCCGGCGUGUUCGAUAACGUCACCGACCUUCGCUGGCUCAUCCUCGACAACAACAACAUCACCAGCGACAAGAUCCAGGCUGGUACCAUUGAUAAACUCACCAAACUUGAGAAGCUCCUCUUCAGUCAUAACAAGCUGACCAAACCCCCCAGUCCUCUUUCGAAGUCUCUGGAUGAGUUGAAGUUGAUCGGCAACCAGCUGAGCUCGUUCCCUGCUGGCACCUUGUCUGGGAUGGAAAACCUGACCACCCUCCACCUGUCCAAGAACAAGCUGACCACCGAGAGUGUCACGGGUGCCUUCAAAGGCCUGAAGUCCCUGGUUCUGCUGGACGUGAGCGAGAACAAGCUCAAGAAGCUUCCCUCGGGAGUUCCAGCUUCGCUUUUGAUGCUCUACGCCGACAAUAACGAAAUCGACAGCGUUCCUGGCGGCUACCUGGCCAAGCUCCCAGUCCUGCAGUACCUGCGUGUCUCUCACAACAAGCUGGUGGACUCUGGCAUCCCUGCAGGUGUGUUCAACGUGUCCUCUCUCCUCGAGCUCGACCUGUCUUUUAACAAGCUGAAGACCAUCCCGGAGAUCAACGAAUCGCUCGAGCACCUCUACCUGCAAGUCAACGAGAUAAACAAGUUUGACCUGACGAAUAUCUGCAAGUUCAGCUCCCCGGUCAACUACUCUAGACUGAGGACCCUGCGCUUGGAUGGAAACAACAUCACACACAGCAGUAUGCCAGACGACACGGCUAACUGCCUACGCCAGGCUUCAGAGAUCAUCUUUGAUUAGAGUUACAUCCCGCCAGUAGUUUAGCAAUCAAAUUAAGGCUGUUGCUCUUUUUAGACACUUUGAUUGACAUCUGCACGUCUUUAAUCAUGAUCCCGGCAAGCACAUCUGGUUACAUGCACGCUGACGACAAUAUUUUCUCUCUAAAACACAUCUGUAUGAAAAAAUGGGCACCAGUAGUCUGGGAUCUUGAAAAUCUGCACAUAAAAUAUCAGUCUUGUAUACUGUAUAAAGAGUAGUAGUCGAAAUAGACUAUAUAUUCCUAUCUAAAGAGAGACACAGGUGCAAAUUGUGAAUAGUCCAGUUGUGCACUCUGUAGGAUGUCAUCUAACUGCAUCUUAAUAUUUCCGCAUGUUAAAUACCUUACUCAUUCAAAAUUGUAAUCAUGUUAUUAAUAAGCCUGCCGGUAAGGAAAUUAGAUUGUUUAGAGUACAAGUUAUGGAAAAUAACUAUCUAAUUGUAUAUAAAUGUGCAGCAAUGUUGAAGAAUAUCUAGAAUUCAACUGACAUUUAAAUGCACGCAAAACUGAAAAAAAAAGAAAUUGCUGGACACUGAGUGAAUUUGCUGAAUCUAAAGCAAAUAUAAAGAUUGUUUAAUAUUUAACUGAGGAAUUUCAGUGCCAAAAUGUUGUAUUAAUAGUAAAUUAGUACCAGCUUGAAUUUCUAAACUCUGCCAACAUUUAUACCAUAUUUUAUCUGCAUGCAGUUCAUCUUAUUUUGUAACAGUGAUUGUUUUCAUUUCUAUGGUAAACAACAUUUAAUUUUUUUUUAUGUAUUCAAUACACCAUUUCACAUCAUCACAAUGUUAGUCAAAUCAUUGAACCACAAGGUUUACUUUGGCAGACUGUUGUAAAAGUUGUAACUUCCCUGAUUUGUUGUUUUAUUUUGUUUUAAAAAUACUAAAACAGUUUGUUCAUCUUUACUUGAAUAAACCAGAUUUCUUACAUGUG